CACUCUCUCUGUUCCAUGCAAGAUGGAAGUUACAAGUUACAUUUCAACAAUGGAAGAUAACGAACUGGAGCAUUCUCCAGAUCAAACACAAAUGGAAAACCAAGAAAUUCCCAGAAGAAAGAAGGGUGGUCUCAUUACCAUACCAUUCAUAAUAGCAAAUGAAGCAUUUGAGAAGAUGGCCAGUUAUGGAUCGUUACCAAAUAUGAUAUUGUACCUGAUGAAAGACUAUCAUCUGAGUGCUGCUAAGGGCGCCAACAUUCUGUUCAUCUGGUCAGCUGCUACCAAUUUCACGCCUCUUCUGGGUGCUUUCAUCUCUGAUUCAUAUCUGGGUCCUUUCCUAACCAUUGGCUUUGGUUCCAUUGUCUCUCUCCUGGGGAUGAUUCUUUUAUGGUCAACGGCCAUGAUUCCGGAAUCAAAGCCUCCCCCUUGCAUUCCAUCAACCCAAAGCUGUAAAUCCCCAACAGUAGGAGAAAUGACUCAUCUGCUCUCCUCAUUUGUUCUGAUGUCCAUUGGAGCCGGUGGUGUUAGGCCAUGUUCCAUAGCAUUUGGCGCUGACCAAUUGGACAUUAGAGAUAACCCAAAAAAUGAGAGGUUCAAAGAGAGCUACUUUGGCUGGUAUACUGCUUCUACAUUGGUUGCUCUUCUUAUUUCAUUCUCAGGUAUCGUUUACUUGCAAGAUCAUCUAGGAUGGAAGGUUGGUUUUGGAGUUCUAGUUAUCCUAAUGUUCCUCUCUGUGACGAUGUUUUUCAUUGGUGCUCCCCUCUACACCAAGCAAAAACCAACCAAGAGCAUGCUAACGAGCCUUGUCCAAGUAAUUGUAGUUGCUUACCGAAAAAGAAAGCUCACAUUAGCCCCUCCAAACUUAAGUGAGUGUUACCAUCACAACAAGGAUUCAGAGAUUGUUGUUCCAACAGACAAAAUAAGACUUCUGAACAAGGCCUGCGUCAUUAGAAAUCCUCAACAAGAUAUAGCUCCAGAUGGCUCAGCUAUCAACCCAUGGAGACUUUGCACGAUAGAGCAAGUGGAAGAGCUCAAAGCACUAUUAAGGGUCUUACCAUUGUGGUCUACAGGGAUCAUGCUUUCAAUAAAUAAUAGCCAAAACUCAUUCCCCUUGCUCCAGGCUAGCUCCAUGGACAGACACAUUUCUAAAAAUUUUGAAAUUCCAGCAGCUUCUUUUGGUAGCUCUGGCUUUAUGAUCACUAUGGUGAUAUGGAUUAUUCCUUAUGACCGUGUAAUUCUCCCAAUGGCCUCAAAGAUCAAGCAUAAACCAGCGAAAAAAGCCAAUCCAGGAAGGCUAUUUAAACAACAGUAAUGCAGUGUUGGACAUGUCUGCAAUGUGGCUCAUACCACAAUAUUGCUUGCUUGGCUUAGCUGAAGCUUUUAAUGGAAUUGCCCAAUCAGAGUUCUUUUAUC